CCGAGUCGCCAUUGGCCUUCGGGGGAGUGUGGAGUGGAUGGGCGUGGUCAUGGGGCGGUGGACGGGGUUUGUCCUCAGCUCGGCUUCCGUAGAGGAAGUCGCGCGGACCUUCAUUUGGGGUUUCGGUGCCCCUUCCCCUUUCCCGGGGUCUGGGGUUGACAUUGCACCGCGCCCCUCGCGGGGUCGCGUCGCCACCCUGCCCGGACUGCCAGCCGGCGCACUGCUGCCGUCCGCCUCCCUGGGCCAGGCCUCCACCCCGGCCCCAGCUGCCCAGCCAUGGGGGCCGCAGUGUUCUUCGGAUGCACUUUCGUUGCGUUCGGCCCGGCCUUUGCGCUUUUCUUGAUCACAGUGGCUGGGGACCCGCUUCGCGUCAUCAUCCUGGUCGCGGGGGCAUUUUUCUGGCUGGUCUCUCUGCUCUUAGCCUCUGUGGUCUGGUUCAUCUUGGUCCAUGUGACUGACCGCUCAGAUGCCCGGCUCCAGUAUGGCCUCCUGAUUUUUGGUGCUGCAGUCUCUGUCCUUCUGCAGGAGGUGUUCCGUUUUGCGUACUACAAGCUGCUUAAGAAGGCAGAUGAGGGUUUAGCAUCGCUGAGUGAGGACGGAAGAUCACCCAUCUCCAUCCGACAGAUGGCCUAUGUUUCUGGUCUCUCCUUCGGUAUCAUCAGUGGUGUCUUCUCUGUUAUCAAUAUCUUGGCCGAUGCGCUUGGGCCAGGUGUGGUUGGGAUCCAUGGAGACUCACCCUAUUACUUCCUGACCUCAGCCUUUCUGACAGCGGCCAUUAUCCUGCUCCAUACCUUCUGGGGGGUUGUGUUCUUUGAUGCCUGUGAGAGAAGGCGGUUCUGGGCUUUGGGCCUGGUGGUUGGGAGUCACCUACUGACAUCAGGACUGACAUUCCUGAACCCCUGGUACGAGGCCAGCCUGCUGCCCAUCUAUGCGGUCACUGUGUUCAUGGGGCUCUGGGCCUUCGUCACAGCUGGAGGGUCCCUCCGAAGUAUCCAGCACUGCCUCUCGUGCCGACGGCAGGAGGACAGUCGGGUGAUGCUGUAUUCUGCCCUGCGCAUCCCACCCGAGGACUGAGGGAACCUGGGGGGGUACCCCUGGGCCUGGGGUGCCCUCCUGAUCUCCUCGCCCUGUAUUUCUCCACGUCCAGUUCUGGACAGUGCAGGGGCCCAGAAAAGGGAUCUAGCUUAACCAUUGCCCCGCCCGGAGAUGAGACUGAUGCAGGCUCCAGGGUGGACGGGCUCUGAGUUUCCCAGUAUCCUCUCCCCAGACUGGACAUCUUGGUCUUUUUCUCAGGUCUGAGGGGAACCAUUUUUGGUGUGAUAAAGACCCCAAACUGCCUUUUUCUGUUUGAGUGGAGGCGGGGAGGAGGGAGGGAGGUCAGAGCUCUUCUCCUUACCACCUUGGGCUAUGUUUUCCCUCCUCCGAUUGCUCCUCAUGGCUGGGCAUCUGUCUGGCCGCCUUUCCCGGGCCAGGCCGUGGGGGAGAGGAGGGGAGUGCAUGUUUGGGGUUGAGAACUGGUAUUACUGGAACUAACUGUUUUCACCUCCUGGACCACCAGCACCCCUCCUCCCCCCCAGGUGAAAUGGAGGGUGCUGCUGUGAGCUGGCCGCUGCAGGGCCCGCCGCUGCGGGGACCCCGUUCCCGCAGCAUCGCAGGGAAGGAGGCAGAUUUUUCUGUAGUUUUUAAUUGGGGUGGUGGGGCGGGGAGGUUUUCUAUAAACUGUAUCAUUUUCUGCUGAGGGUGGAGUGUGCCAUCCUUUUAAUCAGGUGAUUAUGAUUUUGACUAAUAAAAAAGACUUUAUAAUUGUG